AUGUCCCAGUCACCUCCAGCCAACGCACCCUCAUGGGACGUCUUCAACGUCUCCGGCCUCGUUGCCGUGAUUACAGGUGGAGGCUCCGGUUUGGGUCUGAUGUUUGCUAAAGCCCUCGAAGCGAAUGGCGCUGCCAAGGUUUAUAUCAUUGGCAGAGACUGGCAAAAGUUGGACGCGGCGUCGAAGCAUGCAAAAUAUGGAAGAAUCAUCCCGCUACCUGGUGAUGUGACUUCGAAGGACUCUGUCAAGGAGUGUGUUGACUAUAUCGCUGCAAGGGAGGGGUACAUCAAUCUGCUCAUCCUCUGUGCUGGCCGUUCGGGCCCCGGCAUGGGCGACGACAAAUCAGGAUUGAAAACUCUGGAAGACAACCAACGGUAUCUCUUGUCUUUGGACAUGGCUGAAUGGACCGACACAUAUCACGUCAAUGUCACUGCGUCCUUCUACACGGCCAUUUCCUUUCUACUUCUGCUCGAAGCAGGUAACAAACAAGGCAACUAUCCUGUGCAAAGUCAAGUCAUCGGCAUGUCAAGUGUCGGAGGAUACUGCAGAGGAUUGCAUGGAUCGUUUGCAUAUGCCAUCUCCAAGACUGGCGUGCGACAGAUUACCCAGAGCUUGGCAACUCACUUCGCCCCAUGGAGGAUCCGUUUUAAUGCCCUGGCACUCGGUGGUGAGUAA